CAAGCCGGUAAACAAGCCAACUUCUCUGUUCUUAUUCAAACCCCUCGCGCUUUGUGAUAGACAAUUCAAUGGCCAACAAGGAGGCCAUGGCUCCAGGUACCUCAGAGCGACCCAAGCCGGGCUUGUCCGACGCCGAGAUAAAGAAGAAAAUUUUGCAAAUCCAUCUCUCUCGGCCAGAAGUUGAUUUUGAUUUCUACCGGCCUCUUUUCCUUGAUGUCAAAAACGUUCUUCAACAUGCAACCCAUAUUGUUGACAAUGCUUUGGCGGGAAAAACUGAAAAACACCGGGAUAACCAGUACAAACUGGCCGAGGCCAAGCGCGAUUAUGGAAAAAUAUCAUCCACUGUCAAGGAACUUUCCUCCCAGCUGUCAAGGAAGGCUUCAUCAGGUGAUCCGGAAACCCACAAAACCACGAAAUCAAUACUUAAGAAGGCAGUCCGUAUCUAUUCAUGGGAGGGAAAGGCAGUGCUGACACUCGUGGCUUUUGCUUUGGACUACGGAGAUUUCUGGGGCCUCACCGGCCAGCUUCACUCCUUGGACCAAUUAAUUGGCAGUUUAGUGGGGAUCGGCCGGAAAGAUAAAACUGCAAAGUUAAAGCAUCCAGACCUUGAAAAAUACCGGGAACAGAUUGUGAAGCUUAAGAAUCUGGUCAAGAACACGUUGGAACUAAUAAAGGGCAUUUCCAAGUUGCACGAGCUACUUCGCCUAAAUAUAUAUGAUGUACCUGAAGGAUUCUCGACUGCCAGAGAACUUGUUCCAAUGGCUGUAUACUGGAGUAUCUACAGUCUUGUAGCUUGCACGACUCAGAUGUAUCGUCUGGCCAGCAAGGAGGACAACACACGGGAUGAUCUAUCGCCCUUGGCCAAGGAUAUCGAGACCACCUACGACUCACUUAAGGAGAAGAUUAAGCUUGACCUUCGACAGAAAGGGGAUGCAUGUUGGAAAAAUAAUUUUGAAUCUUGCAAAAUGGAUGACUGGCUCGAAAUACCUGAAGAAAUCGUAGGGGCUUUCAUGGAUGCGUUGAUUGAAACCAACGAUAAGUUGCAGAUUGAUCAUGUUAUUGAAGCGCGCUCUAUGUUCAAUACACGCACAAAAAAAAGGGUUAGCAUCAACGUGCUGAAAAAGAAGAAUAUUUUAUUGCUUAUUUCGAGCCUAGACAUCUCUGAUGAUGAGAUCUCGAUUGUGAAAGCAAUUGAUGAUGUAAUAAGGAAGAAAGACCCGUAUAAAAUUCUAUGGAUCCCAAUUGCGGAGCAAUGGACUGAUCGUGAUACACAAAAUAAGUUUGAGUCACAAUGUCGCAAGAUGACCAGCUGGUACAUCUUGCGCUACACUUCACUAGAAGGUAUAGAAGAUGAGUACUUGAGUAAGUAUGCAGAAGAUUGGCAGUUCAAGGAGCCUAUGGUGGUGGUGAUCAACCCACAAGGGGAGCUGGAAAACCCAAAUGCGUUCCGCGUGAUUCGGCUACAUGGUAUGAGUGCAUUUCCGUUCACCACAACAAAGGAAAAGUCACUGAUACCUGUGCCCAGUAUACCUGUACUUAGGCAUCCAAACAAAGAAAUGACUGGACCGUACAAGCUCAAGAGAAUAUACAAGUUCUACUAUGGAGGCAAAACAGAGUGGAUCAAACAAUUUACCAUCGAAAAAACUAUUCUGGUUGACGAUCAAAGGAUGCGAAAGUUGGCAUGCAUAGAAUUUUGUUUCUAUGGAAAAGGCCGGCUUAUAUUCAAUCAGGACAAUAAAUCCGAUCAGUCUGAUCAAGAAAAGAACAUGAAGCUACGAAUCAAAAGGGAAUACUCUCAUUUGCUUGAUCAGAUCAAUAUUAAGCAUGGAUGGCUAGUGCUAACCGAAGGGAGUACGGUACUAUUCACUUUUGAUCAGGGUAAGAUAAUCCUGAAGGUCUUUGAGCAGUUUUGCAAUUGGAAGAACAAGGUGAAUGAGCAUAAUUUCGAUGCAUGUUUCAAAGAGUACUAUGACAAGCUUCUUCAACCUAGGCGGCCUUGACAUAUAUGCCCCAUGGCCCCAUCGCAGUUGAAAAGAUCCUAAUUAAAGCAUAUGAAAUGCAUGCAUGGCUGUUCUUGUGAUCCUUAUCAAAUAAUGCUCAUAUAAUUAUAUAUGGUCAUUUUGGCUCCUCUUAAUGACCAGAUCAAUAAUGAUGAUCAGAUAUUUAUAUAUAUCAUAAAAAUAAUUGGGCCUUUUUUUUACGGUAU